AUGUCAGCUGAUAGUCUUAACUCAAUAACUCGACCUAUCCCCAAACCAUCUGAUUUUAAAUUUGGUAAAGAGAUUGGACAAGGUACCUUCUCAACUGUUUAUGUUGUCCAAGAAAUUUCAACAAGUUCAGAAUUCGCUAUGAAGGUUGUUGAUAAACAACGUGUUUGGCGUUACAAGGCUGUGGACUCUGUACUGAUGGAGAAAGAAGUACUUAAACGCACAAACCAUGUUUUCAUCAUUCGUUUACAUUGCACAUUCCAAGACUCUACUAGGUUAUUUUAUCUUCUUGAAUAUGCAAGAUGUGGAGAACUAUUGUCAUACCUUACUUAUUUCACAUCCUUGAGUGUUCAAUGUACUCGCUUCUAUGCUGCAGAAAUCUUUGCAGCCCUAGAUUAUUUACAUUCAAUGAGUAUAGUUCAUCGAGACCUAAAGCCGGAAAAUGUUUUAUUAACAGAUAAAAUGCACAUCAAGCUGGCCGAUUUUGGAUCAGCUGUUAUACUAAACUCUCCAAAUAUUAAAGCACCUAGCUUUACUGGAACUCCAGAAUACGUUAGUCCUGAAAUGCUUUCUCGUAUUUCUAGACAAGGUGAUUGUACUCCGAAUAGUGAAAGCUCACAGGAUCUUACUUAUCUAAUGGACUUUUGGGCAUUCGGAUGUAUCAUUUAUCAGUUGAUUUCUGGAUCCCCCCCGUUCCGAAAAAGUGGUCCUGUCCAUGAAUAUGAAACGUUUCAGAAAAUUUUAAGUUUAUCUUAUACAUUUGCCCCGAAUUUUGAUCCGAUUGCAAAAGAUUUGGUGGAAAAACUACUUGUAAUCAGUCCCAGUGAACGCCUUGGUAGUCCUUCCCAUGGUGGGUCUAUAUCUGUUCGUCAACAUAUGUUUUUCUCUGAAAUUAAAUGGGACAUCUUGCCGUACCAAGAACCUCCUUUACUAGUUCCAAACUUGGAACCAAUUGCUCCUGAGGGUUGGGAUAAUCUGCCCGUUGGUUUUAACAAAGCAGAGAAAUAUCACUUGUCGCGUGAACUCGGUUUGUCUCCCUCUCAAAUAACUGAAGAUGAUCGUGUUCGUUUAUUAAAUGCACAAGGAAAGCAUAAUCCUUUCAAUCGUUUCGUUCGUGGUCGUUUAAUUAUAAAACAAGGUAUAUUGUUUAAGCGUCGAGGAUUGUUUGCAAGGAAGCGGAUGUUUUUACUAACGGAAGGACCCCAUCUCUUUUAUAUCGAUGUUGAAAAUAUGACACUUAAAGGAGAAGUUGCAUGGUCCGAUUCGUUAACUGUUGAAUUGAGAAGUAACAAAUUAUUUUUUAUUCAUGUUCCAAAUAAAACAUAUUAUUUAGAAGACCCUUCUGGUCAUGCUGACGAUUGGGUAGAACAAAUAACAUCCGUCAAAGCGCGAUAUUUUAAAGAUACUCAAACUUUAUGUUCAAAUGAUCCGAGUACCUCUAUCGACUUAGGCAUCUAA